AUGGCUGCGUGUGGAAGGGAAAAUAACCUUAAUAAUGGUUGGAGGUUGAGUUUUCCGGCGUUGUGCCCCGGUUUGACGGUGGUUGUGGCUCGGUUGAAUGAAAUUAUUACCUCUGGUGCAAAGACUGUUGAUAGCAAUGGAUCACCUGAAUUUCCUUGGACGGUUGACGGAGCUGGAUUACCACCCAAUGCAUCAGAGUUACUUCCCAAACUGGUAAAGUUGACUAAGAAGGUUACUGAACAAGUAAGACUACUUGCAAAAGAUGAAGAUGAGAAACUUACAGAGAGAAGCUUAUAUGAUGUAAUUCCUCCUUAUGACCAAGCAAAAGCUCUUGGCAAGACAAAUAUCGAUGUUGACCGUAUAGCUGCCGGAUUACCUUGUGGAAGUGAGGGGUUUCUGUUGAUGUAUGCUCGUUGGAAAAAGCUUGAAAGGGACUUGUAUAAUGAACGCAAGGAACGCUUUGAUAUCACCCAAAUUCCUGAUGUUUAUGAUUCAUGCAAAUAUGAUCUCUUGCACAAUGCACAUCUUAAUCUAGAAGGACUGGAUGAGCUUUUCAAAGUUGCUCAGUUGCUUGCUGAUGGUGUAAUCCCAAAUGAAUACGGAAUCAAUCCAAAGCAGAAGCUGAAGAUUGGCUCGAAGAUAGCCCGUCGGUUAUUGGGAAAACUUUUAAUUGAUCUGAGGAACACUCGAGAAGAAGCCAUUAGUGUUGUCGAGUUAAAGAAUAACCAAGACCAUCAUUCAUUAUCCACGAAAAUUGAAAAGGAAGAUGCAGAGGCCAAUUCAAAAUUUUUCCAUAAGAAUGAUGAAAUACGGAAAUCGAACACUUUAAAUGAUAUAUCAAUGGAUCAAGAUGAUGACGAUGAUAAAGAGACCAAAUAUCGUUUAGAUCCAAAGUAUGCAAAUGUGAAGACACCUGAACGCCAUGUGCGAACACGCUUAUACUUCACAUCGGAAUCACAUAUCCAUUCUCUUAUGAAUGUUCUUCGUUAUUGUAAUUUGGAUGAAUCUCUUCUAGGAGAGGAGAGUCUUGUAUGCCUCAAUGCUCUAGAGCGACUAUCUAAAACAAAGGAGCUUGACUAUAUGAGCUACAUUGUGCUGAGGAUGUUUGAGAACACAGAGGUGGCUUUAGAAGAUCCGAGAAGGUACCGCAUAGAGAUGACCUUCAGCCGUGGUGCCGAUUUAUCCCCACUGGAGAAGAAUAAUGGUGAGGCUACUUCAUUGCAUCAGGAGCACACACUACCUAUUAUGGGUCCAGAGAGGCUGCAAGAUAUGGGAUCAUAUCUCACAUUAGAAACUAUGGAGAAGAUGAUUCGCCCAUUUGCUAUGCCUGCAGAAGACUUUCCUCCACCAUCAACACCUGCAGGGUUUUCUGGCUAUUUCACAAAAAGUGUACUUGAGCGUCUGGUAAACCUUUGGCCUUUCCAUAAGCAUGCCAAUUCAAAUGGGAAAUAGCAAACUAGAAAAUGCUCUUCCUCCCUCUCCUUUAAUCUCUCCUGUCUCAUAUUUUUUAUUGUAACGGGAAAACCUUGAUCAUCCAAAGCGAGCUUUGGGCUCCUUCGGAGAAAUUUUUGAAACAACUAACAUCUUCUAAUAAUCAAACACUAUACUGUUUGAAGUAGUAGAAAG